ACAGUAAAUAUUUGUGUUUGGCCAGCCGGCUGUAAUGGCGGACGACUGAAGUGGAGGAAGACGGAAUACAACUCGAGUGAAGAAAAGAGGAAAACGGUCGAAAGUCUGCUUUUGACUUAGGACACGGGUUUCGUCGAAAAUGGAUGAACUUAAACAUCAAGUCAUGAUUAACCAGUUUGUCCUGACGGCGGGUUGUGCAGCAGACCAAGCGAAGCAGCUACUGCAGGCGGCACAUUGGCAGUUUGAGACUGCCCUCAGUGCCUUUUUUCAAGAAACAAAUAUCCCAUAUGGCCAUCAUCAUCAAAUGAUGUGCACGCCAGCCAACACACCAGCGACACCCCCCAACUUCCCGGAUGCCCUGACCAUGUUCUCCCGGCUCAAGGCGUCCGAGAGCUUCAACAGCGGCAGCCCUAUGUCGGCGUCGGCCGCCACUUCGCCCCCGCCGCCGCAAGUCGGCGGCUGGGGGGUGUCACCCAACGUGCCCAGCGUGCCGCCACCCCCGCAGGGACUCUGGACUCAGGGGCAGCCCCCCACACAGCCCUGCCCCGCCUGGCCCACGGGCGUCAACCCCCACGCGGGCGCCGAGCAAAAGGCGAGCGUAGCGAUGGAAGCGGAGAGAUGAAUUGCCACGCCCCCACCAACCCCCCGCCCAACCCCGGCGAGGCGGGCGAUUUCUCCCAACCCCCCCAACAAAAAAAAAAUGGAUGUGGCAAGAAUGGACGACGGACAGAUAUGGAAAGACGCAAACCAAGAAAAACUUUGGGUGAACAAUUUCAAGAGGAGAAAACCAAUGCAAAUAUGAAACGUGAAAAAAAAAAAAAAUAGAAGAUGCGCACACACAUAGUAAUAAUAGAGUAUGUGAAACCUUAGUUUUUUCUUACAUAAAUGACAAGUGAAAUAUCUGAAUUUGGAAAAAAAAAAUAGUCAUGCCCAAGGAUUCUAUGUGAUGUUCAAGGACGUUCAAGGCAGCAAAUUUUGUAGUUUUUGUUCAGCCCCUCUCCCCAACCUUUUUUUGUUUUCUCUCCCCCCCCCCCCCCCCCGAAUUAAUGACCCCCCUAACCCCCCCCACUGGUCUUGUUGUGUUUCCACGACUGUCUGUGCUGCAUGACGACAGAGGAAUUUGCAAUGCAGUGUUUUCAAGUGACUGAAGCAUCAUGCACCAGUGUGUACGUGUGCGUUGUCUCUGGUUGGAACCCGUACGUGGAAAAUCUAUAUAAAUGUCUAUGUAAACACAAAUACACACGCGUUUAAGGAAACGCCUCCAUAUUCUCAUCCCCAUCGUCAAGGCGGGGCUUCUUCUUACCUCACCUGGUGGUCACCUGACUUCUUUUAGCCAAUCAGGGAUUCUUCUUAAACCAACCGUUGGCGCUGAUGACACAGGACAUGUUCUUAACAAUUUUGGGGCAUUCCCCCCUCCCAAUCUUAAAUGCAGAUGCCUCUUGGUUCAUGCUAGCUUAUCCGCAAAUACAACGGCUUAUUUUUCAACCGAUGUCUACAGCUGUAUACUUUUGAGAUGAUGGGUUGUACAAGGAGAAAACAUCACUAGUGGUUUAAUAUAACAUUGUUUGUAACGAUGAUAGUUUUAUUAUCUGGGAGCCGAGGCGGUUCUGCGAAAGCAGCAAAACUGGCUCUAGGUGGGGGGAGGGGGAGACGUGACUACUCCAUUUUUUGACUCUUUGUAAACAUUUUGCAUGACUUGUCAAUAAUAUCUUUUAUAGCAAAAUUACACAUGCUUUCCAAAGCUAAUAAUGACAGCUAAUUUGAGUUGGAUCAUCUCAAGAUAAAAGAGAAAUACCCCUGACAGGUUGCUUGAGAUGACGACAUAUUAGGGCCACACAAAAAAAAAAAAGAAAAAAUGAUUCGAGAGAAAA